AUGCGAUCUUUUGCAGGAGCUUCUUCAUUUCAGCAACAAUAUUCUGACAUCAAUCAUACUACUUACGAGUCAAUACUAUAUUUUACUUUGUUCCAAACGAGUGAAAUUGACUCGUCAACGGAGCUCAGAAUGCUUACUAACACGGCCAACUUGCUGGCAUUUGACCAGUUCAAGUUCGGUCUGAACGUGUUCGAUGUUUCUGCAGGUUUACGUCAUCCUCUACACUACCCAUCUUUCAUCUGCAGCCCUCCGAUCAAUUUACCUGGCCUCGAGAGUUUUCCCGUUAGCGUUAGGAACAGGCUGACAUUUGCAGAGGAGACGGGUAGAUUUAACGAAAGGUUCCAUGUGAAGAACAUGUUUUCGGCAACAUUGCCAGCGGUGGCGACGACAGCAGCUGCAUAUUCGAUUAGAAUGCUAUUACAUUUGACAACGCCGUCUACUUUCUACAUAAGUAGACAUAUUAUUCACAAAGUAGUGAUGGAAUAA